UCCCUCGUCCCGGGCCUCCGAGCCGGGACUGCUGCGUAGGCGCGUCCGGGGACACUGGCGUUGCCGCCGGGCCCCCGGGGAUUGCGGAGAUCGUGCAAUUUUGGUUUUGGGUGCAGGUGCUGACUUUGGCAAAUAAGAGGCAAGCGAAGGGGCCCCGAGGUUGCAGGGAACUGAGGCCUGCGGAUCUGCAUUAAAGAGAGACAUAUGAGGAUCCCAGAAGCCAGAAAAAAGAGGCAUUGGCACUGGACUAAAAAGUGGUUGAACUAUAUAAGACGCUGCUAAAAUUUAAAGUAGAAAAAUGAAUCUUGAAAGUGACAGUACACCAUCUAAAAGCAUUUUUGACAUGGACUAUGCUUCAUGGAAAAUCCGCUUAACACUAGUGGUGGCUGGUUUUUUCUUCUACCUGGGUGUCUUUGUGGUCUGCCAUCAGCUCUCUUCCUGUCUUAAUGCCACCUAUCGAUCUCUGGUAGCUAAGGAGAAGGUCUUCUGGAAUCUUGCUGCUACUCGAGCAGUUUUUGGAGUUCAAGGCACCAUUGCUGGUCUAUGUGCUUUGCUCGUGGAUCCUGUGGUUUCUGCUAAUAAAGCAUAUUCACAGCAGAACUGGUGCUGGUUUAAUAUUGCAACAGCAACUGGCUUCUUUUUCUUUGAAAAUGCUGCUGUUCAUGUGUCAAAUUUGGCUUUCUGGACAUGUGACAUGUUCUUAGUAGUCCAUCAUCUUUUUGCCUUCCUUGGAUUUCUUGGGUUAGUGAUUAAUCUCAAAGCUGGCCACUAUCUAGCCAUGACAACCCUGCUACUGGAGAUGAGCACCCCUUUUACCUGCAUCUCCUGGAUGCUUUUAAAGGCUGGCUGGGCUGAUUCUCUGUUUUGGAAGGUAAAUCAGUGGUUGAUGAUCCACAUGUUUCAUGGACGCAUGUUUUUGACUUACCAUAUGUGGUGGGUAUGUUUUCAGCAUUGGGAUGGCCUAGUCACUGUUCUGGCUCUUCCACACUUUGCACUUUUCCUUGUUGGACUGGCCCUCCUUACAUUAAUUAUGAACCCAUACUGGACACACAAGAAGACUCAGCAGCUGCUCAAUCCAGUGGAUUGGAACUUUGCUCAUUCAGGACCAAAAAACAGUCAAUCUGUAAAAGUGAAUGGCCAGACUCUACAAAGGAAGAGGCAGUAAUUUUGCCAGAACAAUGAAGUGCCUGCUAAGAACUGGAAACUAAAUGGGACACAUAGGAUGUGAAAUUAUGAGAAAAUUCUUUUAAAGUCAGUAUGCAGUGGUAAAUAGAUGUUUGUUUUGAUUUUUAUAUCUUCUUGGUGUUCGUUUUGAAGUAGCCAUAAAGUAUUUUGUUUUUGUUUUUAAACCUCAGUGUGCUUUAGAAGUGGAUUUUGCACCAUAACAAGUUCCUUUCAUUUCCAGGGUUUGAUGCAGUAAAUUUUACCCAUGUUGGGUUCAUUAAUUGUAGCAUUAAGAAAUGUGAGGCAUAGAUCAAAUUUGAAAUUACUUCAUAGAGUUGUCUUUUCAUAUAAGGAACUCUCAAAUUGUGGAUUAACUUUGAAUCAGCAUUCAUUAUCUGUUCUUGUUUUCAUUCGGUAAUGUGAUUUGUAGCCCUAUUAAAUAUUACAGUUACAUUUUUAAAGCCACGUGUGUAACAGUGUCACCUAGUGGCAGAAUGAUACAUGAGCCAACUGAUUCUCCAAGGUUCAAAUGACAAACCCUGGAGAGAAAUAAUGGUCCCUAAAAUGAAGGAAUUUUGUGGUGGAGUUGGAAUUACAAAGCAAAUGUUUGAAAGAACUUUAGUGCACAUUAAGAGAUGUGAAAAGUUUCUGAUUCAUAUAUUUUAGCUAUGAAUUUGGACUCCAAACUAGGUCCUCAUAGUGUCAUAAUAGUUCAUAUAAAAUGCUCUGUAUAAUGUUCUACAAGACACUGGGGUAGUUACUUUGUUUUCUGGACAAGUAUAUUUCUCUAGGUGAAUCUUCCAAAUGAAGACCAAAUUGAGUAGUAGUAAUGAUUAACUGAUGUUAUAAAUGAAUUAACUUUCAUAUUUUUCUGCAAGGUAUAUCUUUUUACUCCUUUGCUGUAGAAUGAUUUUAUUUUUUAUUUGGGUCAAAUACUUAGUGAUUACUUAUUGGAAAACAAAUGAUGCUGCUGCAAGUAAUUUCUCUGAGGUGUGUUUUCUUUUUUUAAGAUUUUGAUAUCAAGGCUGCCUAUCAAAAUUGUCAAAAUAGUCAUUCCUUUAUUUUUAAAGUACUAAUGUAUUAAGAGUUAAUUCUGGCUUGUAAUUGUUUAAAUGUCCAUAAUCAUUGGUACAUAGGAACUGGAUCUGUGAUUUCAUUUACCUAGGAAACUCUAUUUACUAAUGCAGGUCAGCCCCUUCUCUGCAACUUAGAAUCUUAGAGAAUAGCACAGAACAUUGAAGUCACCUUAUCAGUAUGUCAGAGACAGGACUUGAACCCAUUCUUCCUGGCUCUGAGAACUUCCUGGCUCUUCCAUGUUGCCAUACUGCCUCUUUUCCCUUAUACUUUUUAUUAUUUAAAUAAUAUUACGAGAGCCAAAAGUAAUCUUGUAAUAUUUUUAGCCUUUAUUUUCUUGCUGAAUUAUAUUUAUAUAUACUUCAAGUACUUCAAUAAUUCAUUAUGUUAGCAGCAAAGUCCUUACACUGGGUCAACUAAAUAGUACAGUGCGUAGCAUGCUGGGCCUAAAGUCAGAAGAUCCUGGGCAAGUCACUUAACCUCUAUCUGCCUCAGUUUUCUCAUCUAUAAAAUAAGGAAAAUAAUAUCUCCUACUUCCCAGGGUCAUUAUGAAGAUAUAUUUGUUCAGAAAUUUACAAUCCUUAACAUGCUAUAUAAGUAUUACUUUUUAUUAUUUGGUUAAAAAAAAACUAGUUAGUCUUAAUCCCUAUGAUAUUUCCAAACUUAAUUUGGUUGAUCUUAGGGUGACAAAAUAGUCUGCCACUGCCACAAAUACAGCUUUUCCUGCAUGUCCAGAUUGCCAGAGCUGGUGUUCCACUAACAUAGCCUUUGAAACCUUAGGGUCAUCCCCAUACUGAGCCAAGACAUCAGAGGACCUUAAUUAAUGGAAGAUGAAUUGUUACAAAAGAAGUUUUAAUAUAAUUUUAUAUGUAUUCACUAUUGAAAGAGUGAAUCUGGUUCUGAAAGCAUCAUCCCUGAACUGCUUCAUGGGGAUGAUUGUCUCAAGAACUCUUGACCAUAUUUUUCUACCUAUACUCAGUUGCAUAACUCUAAUAUUUUAAAAAUUCAAAUCAAAGGAAUUCAAACUUAUUAAAUGUAUAGUUUUCACACAUUUUAAGGUUUUCCAGAUUUCAUUUUGUAUAAAGUGAAUUUUAUUGAAAAACACCUUUAUAAUGCUUGCAUAAUUAAUAAGGUUGAGAGGAUAUCUUAAAUAAUUUCAACCUGUGAUAUACAUGAUUAGAAUUGGGAUAGGAAUGUGCUAAAUGUGCUCUUUAAAAGUGUUGCUUCAAACUUUGGAAGUCAUUGGUGAAAUUUUAGGUCAAUGUAUAUAAAACCUAUUGAUAUCGGGUUGUUUUUUUUUUUAAAUAAUUUAAGGUUUUAGAACCUAGAGGUCAUGUUAACACUAUCAAAAUACAGCCUACUAACUACCUACUCCUCAAAUGACUUGAAUAUUUUCUGUGCAAUUUAUCCUUUGCUCUGUGAUUGCUAAUACUAUUAACUUUCCCUUCAAUAGCAGGAAAAUGCGACUUGCAUUAGCAGUACCAAAAAGUGGAAUCCCAGUUCAUAUAUGACAAUAAAUUAACCUUGCUAUUUAUCACAGA